CAUUUCUCCGCCGCCAGCAAAUUACGAACUUCCCUUAGCUUUUGCUUCCCUUCGCAGCGAAUCUUCUCGUCUUAGAAUGCUGGAAAGCAUAUCUUCCAUCACCAAUCUUUCAUUUCACACAUCCCGUUCGUGGCCGACCACUCCGGAUCCUUAAGGUUUGCAGUCCUUAGUCAGGCGCGAAAUUGACCUUUCGCGCUUGCGUUUCGCAACCGUCGUGGCUGCAACGAACGUGUUAGACGUGCACUGCGGUCGCGCAUCGUGGAGACCUUCGACGUAUCAAUCCAGAAUUCGCGCGACGUAUUUGAACCAGUGAAUCCGUGCUCCAUUCUCGAACCAACAUAAUCGCCCACGUGUUCGGCACUUGGUGUAAUGUCUCGAUCAAGCAGCAGGAACAAUCGCUCAAGGCGUCGACAUCAGCCUGACGAACGUGACCCGCUUCUUUCGGGUGCAGAACGAACCCCGUCAGUCGCCGCGUCCUACCGAUCAUUUCCAGAUCAUGAGAGCUGGGCGUCGAGUUCGACCGUCACGCCUUCAAAUGCCAAGCAAGCAGCAGAAGCCGACGACGCCCUCCCGGAAGUCUCUUUGAAUACUGACGUAGACGAUGAUGGAGAGCAGGAUUCGGAACUUCUCGAGUGGAUACCGACGUUUACUCGAACACGAGCCAUUCUCAUAGUGCUUUCGAUGGCAGUGCUACUGUUUCUUCAAGCAUCCAACAUAUCACUUCUGACGACCGUACAAGGCGUGAUCGCCGAAGAUCUCAACGCGUACGACUCGACGACGUGGUUCAUGUCGUCGUACUUACUCGCUAUGUCAAGUACAGGGCCGGUAUAUGGCAAGCUUAGCUAUAUCUUUGCGGCUAGAUACGUGAUAGCAUUUGCUGCGACGAUCCUCGCCAUUGGAUCUCUCACUUCUGCUCUGACAACAACUGUAGCACCAUUCUUACUUGGCAGAAUCCUAGGAGGAAUUGGAGCUGCGGGCAUUGUAUCCGUCACUCAGGUGCUGAUCCAAUACGCCCCUGAGAAGCAGCGGGGAUUUGCACAGGGUGGUGUAAACACAGGUUACACAGUGGGUGUGGCCUCUGGAGCCAUUCUCGCUGGUGCAAUUCAACCGCACUUGGGCUGGCGAGCCAUCUUCUGGUUCCAGCUACCACUUACCAUCGUUUCUGCUCUGGUGCUUGUGUUUGCAAUCCCAUCCAAACUCAAGGGCCUCCUUCCACCAGGCAAGGAACGGAACGACACAACUGUCCUCACGAAAUUGAUACAGAUCGAUUAUCUUGGAGCGUUUUUGCUCGUUGCCAGCAUCAGUCUUCUGCUAUACGGUUUUGCAGCUCCAGGAUUUGGAUUGGUUGAGAUUAUUGCUAUGGCCCUCGGCUUCUUCGUUUUCCUACCUCUGUUCAUCUACCAGGAGUCUUACAGGCACCCUGAUCCCGUCGUUCCUGUCAAAGUGCUUCGCAACCGGUCUGUCUUCUUCGCGUGCAUGGCGACGCUGGGCUACAUGAUGGCCAGAUGGGCUGUACUCUUCUACUCCCCGGUAUAUGGAACAGCUGUCCGCGGUUUAUCUCCUCCAGAAGCUGGCGCAGUUCUCAUACCCACAAACAUCGGCUUUGCGCUAGGAUCGCUGCUCAGUGGGCUUCUUCACAUCCGGCGUGACGGCAGUUUCUACGUCGCGUGUCUGAGCGUGUUUGCACUCUUUCCAGUCAGCAUUCUUUGGCUGGCCGUUUCAACCACCGCUACGGUUUCCAUGGUACUGUAUUACUUCAUCCUACUUUGGAAUGGUCUCUGCGCCGGCGGCGGCAUGAAUUACACUCUGGCUCAUAUUCAGCAUCUCGUGCACACGGACGUGCGACUCAUUGCCAUAUCGAUCUUUUUCACCUUCCGCGGAUUUGCAGGUACGUUUGGAGCCACGGUUGGCGGUGGUAUUUUCAAUCGUGCCCUCAAAGCCGCGCUCAUACGCCGAUUCAACGAAGAAGAUAUCGUCCUUCCUGACCCUCUCCUGCGCAAAUUGGUCGGCAGUCCAAGAGCGGUGCAGACUUUGAAGGGGUUUGCUUUGAAAGCAGCCGUGCAGGGCUAUGUCGACGCUCUGCGGACACUUUUCCUUGCUGGCGUAGGUCUGGCAAUUGUUACAUUUGUUCUACAAGCUUGCACGGGGUGGAAGGGUGCCGAAGAGAAAGACAAGGAGAGAAGACUUGAGGCAGAGGAAACGGAUGAUGCAAGAGACGCCGAUCCGCCAUCACCGACCCGUAGAUGAUAUGGAUGCAUUUGAAUACACAAAAGUGCACAUGGUCAGCAUGUAAACUAGGUACGACACAAUAUAGAGCGCGAUAGGGACCAGAGCCCAAAGCAUAGGCUUUUCCAGAG